GCCCUGCUAUUGGUCAGUGAUCACUUGACCUCACGAAACUUCCUGUUUAACCUCAUCGUCAGAAAUGUGAUGGCAACUACUAGGCGAAGACGUUAAUACUCUGUUCAGAUGUGGAGCAGAAUAUUGAGACUUAGUGUGCCUGGUCGGACGUGCUUCUCGUGGAGGAGUCUUUUCACAAUGCAACUAAAGAGCAGCGAGUUCCAGGUUUUGUUCACCGAUGGCCUGAACCAACUGGCAGAAACAUUUAAGAAGAACCAAUAUGAGUUGAGAAUAGCUGGAGGUGCUGUGCGGGACCUGUUGUCAGGAAAGCAGCCUGAAGAUGUCGAUUUUGCCACCACGGCGACACCUGACGAGAUGAAACGUAUGUUCCAAGACGCCGGGAUCAGGAUGAUUAACAAUAAAGGAGAGAAGCAUGGGACCAUUACAGCAAGGCUUCACAAUGAGAAUUUUGAGGUGACAACGUUGCGGGUGGAUGUUCAGACUGAUGGCCGUCAUGCCGAAGUGGAGUUCACCACCGACUGGCAAAAAGAUGCAGAGAGAAGAGACCUUACAAUCAACUCCAUGUUUUUAGGUCUGGAUGGCAAGUUGUAUGACUAUUUCAAAGGAUAUGAUGACCUCCAGAGCCGAACGGUCCGAUUUGUUGGCAGCGCGGAACAAAGAAUCCAAGAGGACUACUUAAGAAUACUGCGUUAUUUCAGAUUUUACGGCAAGGUGGCCCUGAAGCCCGAUGAACACGAGCCUGAGACGCUGGAGGCCAUACGAGCCAACGGAAGCGGGCUUGCGGCUAUUUCAGGGGAGCGCAUUUGGGUGGAGCUGAAGAAGAUUGUGAUUGGCCAGCAUGGCGCUCAACUGCUGGAGAUGAUGUACAGCUUGGGGCUAGCACAUUACAUCGGUUUACCUCCCGAUGGCAGCGUUGAGGAGAUGAAGCGGGUGUGCCAGAACACCAAAGGUCACUCUCCCAAACCGAUGACCAUCCUCGCGGCUCUCUGCCGCCGCUCCGAGGAGGUUGAGAAGAUGGACCUUCGACUGAAGGUGUCCAAGGAAGAGAAGACGCUGGCUCUGUUUCUGGUUAAAUACAGACAGGAUCUUCGCAAGAAUGAUGACGAGCAAGAUGGCCUCAAAACCUUUACCGACUUCAUCAUAGAUACUCGCGAACUGGAUACUCAAAGCAAAGUGAGCGAGCUGCUCAAGUAUCAAGGUGAGCACAAGCUGCUAGCGGAGCUCAACGCGUGGACCAUCCCCCGCUUCCCCAUCAGCGGACACGAUCUCCGCAAAGUGGGCGUCAUUACGGGUAAGGAGAUAGGGGCAACUUUACAGAAGUUGCGAGACAUCUGGAAGAAAAGUCAUUAUCGGAUGGACAAAGACGAACUUCUCAGUUACGUGAAGUCCUGAUGUGCCGAUGCCAAGUGCGCACGUGUGUGUCGGUCAAUACCGGUUUAGACUCUGGAAUCAAGUUUGUAAUAGCGCUUGCUUUAAGUAUUGAAUGGACCCGCGCACAUAGCACAUGCACAUUAGCAGGGACAUGCGCCCUCGUUGAUGAAUGCAAUUUCCUUCAAAUUGAGACCAUGGGGCAGCUUUUAGACGCCAACAUAAAAAAAAAAGAUAAUGCCGCAAUCAACAUCGCCGUGCAGAGAAUACAUUAGCGCUGUCGCAUUUCAUUUGCAUAUUUGUCUGCCGUUUCAUCACUUUUAUGGUAUAAGUGGAAAGCACAGGUUAUUUUCAAGGUAAAGUUUUUUUUUUUUAUCUGGGAAGAUGACAGGCUUUACAUUGGACACAAGCCAGUAUUUAUUUCUCCUGUAAAUAGUCUGGCAUUUAUAAACAUGUUCUAUCCAUCAUGUGAUAGAAAUAUUUGCGUUGGGCCCCUUUAUUUGAUGUAUAUAUUUAAGUAUGUAGAUUAGAAUGUGUCCUUGAGGACAUGGUGAUGACUGUAUCUGCAUUUCCAAAUUGAUUUAUGGGCAUAAUUGUAGUAUUUGUCCAAAGUAAAAGUGAACAUUAUGGCAGAAUAUAAAGUCCUCUCACUGCAGGAUUGAAUCAGA